AUGGCGAAGCUGCUGAGCUGCGUCCUCGGCCCCCGGCUCUACCAAGUCUACCGCGAAAGGCACUCUGAACGGCGCCCUGAGGCUCCAGCUUCCGUCACUGCCCCCCCUCCCAGCUCCUGGGAUACGUACUAUCAGCCCCGGGCGCUGGAGAAACAUGCCGACAGCAUCCUGGCACUGGCUUCAGUCUUCUGGUCCAUCUCUUAUUACUCCUCUCCCUUCGCCUUCUUCUACUUGUACAGGAAAGGCUACCUGAGUCUGUCCAAGGUGGUGCCGCUCUCUCACUAUGCUGGGACGCUGCUGCUGCUGCUGGCGGGUGUGGCCUGCCUCCGAGGCAUCGGCCGCUGGAGCAACCCCCAGUACCGGCAGUUCAUCACCAUCCUGGAGGCCACUCACAGGAACCAGUCUGCGGAGAACAAGCGGCAGCUGGCCAGCUACAACUUUGACUUCAGGAGCUGGCCCGUGGACUUCCGCUGGGAGGAGCCCAGCAGCCGGAAGGAGUCCCGCGGGGGCCCUUCCCGCCGGGGCGUGGCCCUGCUCCGCUCCGAGCCCCUGCACCGGGGCGCAGCUGACACCCUCCUCAACCGCGUCAAGAAGCUGCCCUGUCAGAUCACCAGCUACCUGGUGGCCCACACCCUGGGGCGCCGGAUGCUGUACCCCGGCUCUGUGUACCUGCUCCAGAAGGCCCUCAUGCCUGUGCUCCUGCAGGGCCAGGCCCGGCUGGUGGAAGAGUGUGACGGGCGCCGCGCAAAGCUGCUGGCCUGUGACGGCAACGAGAUUGACACCAUGUUUGUGGACCGGCGGGGGACAGCUGAGCCCCAGGGACAGAAGCUGGUGAUCUGCUGUGAGGGCAAUGCGGGCUUCUACGAGGUGGGCUGCGUCUCCACGCCUCUGGAAGCUGGGUAUUCAGUGCUGGGCUGGAACCAUCCAGGCUUCGCUGGGAGUACGGGGGUGCCGUUCCCACAGAAUGAGGCCAACGCCAUGGACGUGGUGGUCCAGUAUGCUGUCCACCGCCUGGGUUUCCAGCCCCAGGACAUCAUCCUCUAUGCCUGGUCCAUCGGCGGCUUCACCGCCACGUGGGCAGCCAUGUCCUACCCAGACAUCAGUGCCGUGAUCCUGGAUGCCUCCUUUGAUGACCUGGUGCCCUUGGCCUUGAAAGUCAUGCCGGACAGCUUGAGGGGCCUGGUGUCCAGGACCGUGAGGCAGCACCUCAAUCUGAACAACGCGGAGCAGCUGUGCAGGUACCAGGGCCCUGUACUGCUGAUCCGAAGAACCAAGGAUGAGAUCAUCACCACCACGGUUCCUGAGGACGUCAUGUCCAACCGAGGCAACGACCUCCUGCUGAAGCUCCUGCAGCAUCGGUAUCCCCACGUGAUGGCAGACGAGGGCCUUCAGGUGGUGAGGCAGUGGCUGGAAGCCUCCUCGCAGCUGGAGGAAGGUAAAACUGACCCUGUCAAUCAAAAGCCCCCUUAUCCAGCUGAGUCCCUCAAAUACCUGCGCUGCUAUCGGUGCCUCCUGGAGACCAAGGAGCUGGGGUGCCUGUUGGGAUCGGACAUCUGCCUGGCGGCUCCUGGCAGCAGCUGCAUGACUCUCUUCAUCAAGAACAGUAGUGGGUCUGACAUCAUGGUGAGUGACUGUCGCCGCAAGGAGCAGUUGAGCGACUGCUCACACACCCGCGCUUCCCCGGUGUUUGGCUUCUGGAUGUUCCCUCGAUGCUGUUUCCGGGAUCUCUGCAAUAACCCACAGAACAGAGUGUUCUAUCUCCCGUAG